AUGUAUUUUUAUAUAAAACUUGUAUGUUUAUUUGGUCUUUUCCUACUUGGAGCUUUAGCCAAAGAUAUACCCUAUGAUGUCAAUUAUAAUAUUAUAUUUGGGAAUCAACAUGUUGUAUCCUUCAACCAAGGAAGAGAACUUCAGAUUUCAAUGGACCAAUCUUCUGGAUCUGGCAUUGGAUCUAAGGAGAAUUAUGGUUCAGUUCACAUGAAAAUAAAACUACCAAACAGAGACUCAGCAGGAGUUGUUAUUGCUUUUUAUCUACAUUCAAAUACAAACAAUAAUGAUGAAAUAGAUUUUGAAUUUUUGGGCAAUAGAGAAGGCAAACCAUAUAGUUUGCAAACAAAUAUGUUUGUAAAUGGUGGUGGAAAUAGAGAACAAAGGGUGCAUCUUUGGUUUGAUCCAACUGCAGAAUUUCACAAUUAUAAAAUCAUGUGGAAUGAACAUCAAAUAGUGUUUUAUGUGGACAAUAUUCCAAUUAGGGUGUUCAAAAACAAUGAAAAUAUUGGAGUUGGAUAUCCAAAACAACCAAUGCAAUUACUAGCCACAAUAUGGGAUGGAGAUGGUUGGGCAACAGAUGGAGGAUUAACAAAGACCAAUUGGUCUUUUGCACCUUUCAAAGCCUAUUUUCAAGAUUUCAAAAUUGGUGGGUGCCCAAUAAUUAACUCAAAUACUAAUAAUUGCAAUUCACAAGGUUAUUGGUGGAACCAAAGAAAAUAUUGGAGGUUGAGUUCUUCACAAAGAAAAUUAUAUGAUGAAUAUAGAGUCAAUUAUAAAACUUAUGAUUAUUGUGAUGAUAUGAUUAGAUAUCCUACUCCACCCUUAGAAUGUGUUUCAUAAA